CGGAGCGGAGCCCGGGCCGAGGCGGGCGGAAUGGAGCCCCCGCGCGCGCCCGCGCUGCGCCGCCUGCUCCCGCCGCUGCUGCUCCUGCUGCUGCCGCUGCCCCCCCGCGCCCGGGCCAAGUACGUGCGGGGCAACCUCAGCUCCAAGGAGGACUGGGUGUUCCUGACAAGAUUUUGUUUCCUCUCGGAUUACGGCCGACUGGACUUCCGUUUCCGCUACCCUGAGGUGAGUCUCCCCCAACACCCCCCACGCCUUGGCCUCCAAAGGCACAGGCUACCCCGGCUCCUGGGCUCCUCUAAACCCCCAAAACCUCUGGACCUGCAGGCCAAGUGCUGUCAGAACAUCCUCCUCUAUUUCGACGACCCGUCCCAGUGGCCAGCUGUGUAUAAGGCAGGGGACAAGGACUGCCUGGCCAAGGAGUCGGUGAUCAGGCCGGAGAACAAUCAGGUCAUCAACCUCACCACCCAGUACGCCUGGUCAGGCUGCCAGGUGGUGUCAGAGGAGGGAACCCACUACCUGAGUUGCUCCAGUGGCCGCAGCUUCCGCUCAGUGCGUGAAAGGUGGUGGUACAUUGCUCUCAGCAAGUGCGGGGGAGAUGGACUGCAGCUGGAGUACGAGAUGGUCCUCACCAACGGCAAGUCCUUUUGGACACGACACUUCUCGGCCGAUGAGUUUGGGAUCCUGGAGACAGAUGUGACCUUCCUCCUCAUCUUCAUCCUCAUCUUCUUCCUCUCCUGUUACUUUGGAUAUUUGCUGAAAGGUCGUCAGUUGCUCCACACAACUUACAAAAUGUUCAUGGCCGCAGCAGGAGUGGAGGUCCUGAGCCUCUUGUUUUUCUGCAUCUAUUGGGGCCAGUAUGCCACCGAUGGCAUUGGCAACGAGAGUGUGAAGAUCUUGGCCAAACUGCUCUUCUCCUCCAGCUUCCUCAUCUUCCUGCUGAUGCUAAUCCUUCUGGGGAAGGGAUUCACGGUGACACGGGGCCGCAUCAGCCACUCGGGUUCUGUGAAGCUGUCUGUCUACAUGACCCUGUACACGCUUACCCACGUGGUGCUGCUCAUUUACGAGGCCGAAUUCUUUGACCCGGGCCAGGUACUGUACACGUACGAGUCACCAGCCGGCUAUGGGCUCAUCGGGCUGCAGGUGGCGGCUUACGUGUGGUUUUGCUACGCUGUGCUCGUCUCACUGCGACACUUCCCUGAAAAGCAGCCGUUUUAUGUGCCCUUCUUUGCUGCCUACACCCUCUGGUUCUUUGCGGUUCCAGUCAUGGCUCUAAUUGCCAAUUUCGGGAUCCCUAAGUGGGCCCGGGAGAAGAUUGUCAAUGGCAUCCAGCUGGGGAUCCACCUGUACGCCCACGGCGUGUUCCUGAUCAUGACUCGCCCAUCGGCUGCCAACAAGAACUUCCCGUACCACGUGCGCACGUCGCAGAUCGCGUCAGCUGGGGCCCCUGGACCAGGAGGGAGCCAAUCGUCUGACAAGGCCUUCCCGCAGCACGUCUAUGGGAACGUGACAUUCAUCAGCGACUCGGUGCCCAACUUCACGGAGCUCUUCUCCAUACCCCCGCCCGCCUCCUCCGCCGGGAAGCAGGUGGAGGAGACGGCGGUGGCGGCGGCGGUGGCCCCGAGGGGCCGCGUGGUGACCAUGGCCGAGCCGGGCGCAGCCUCCCCGUCCCCUCCCGCUCGGUUCCCCAAGGCGGCCGACCCGGGCUGGGAUGGCCCGACGCCACCCUACCGGCCGCUGGUGCCCCAGACGGCGGUGCCGCACACCGGCUUCACCGAAUACUUCAGCAUGCACACGGCCGGGGGCACCGCACCCCCGGUCUGAGCACCCCUGCCCGCCCCAGCCCAGGAGCCGCGCGCCGGCCCGGCCGGGCUCUGGACCCCUGCUUUAUCCCGGCCCCGGCGCUCGGCCAUCCCGGGCCUUCCCUCCCCUCCCCACCCCGCGCACCCACGUCGGGUGCGCUGCGUCCCGCCCCCCUCUCCUCUUGUGCCAAACGGUCCCGCGGGAGCCGCUCUCCCCGUCCCCUCCCUCAGCCCCUGCCCCGAGCGGCGCCGGAUUCUGGGCUCCCGCUGUUCCGUGACCUCCGGCCCCCCGGCCCCCUCCGAGACCUCUGAGCCCGCCGGACUC